GCUGUGCUCUACAUACACAGUUGCCGCAAACGACAUGCCUGGGCGAAGGGUCGGCUUGCGCUCAUCAAAGCCGUGUCACGUCGGCGUCUGCGGUGCGCCAGCUGCCCCACGCAAGGAGUGCGCGCCGAAGCAAGGCCCAUUGCCCCUCUGGGUCCAAAGCGCUUGCCACUACGCGAGGGACUGAAUGUCGCUCUUCUCCCUUGCCAGCCGUUGUAUAUUGCACAGAGCUGCCCCCCGGGAUCCCUGGAUUCCUCUGGUUUUUUUCCUUUUCUUUUUUGCAUCAUGAUGCAAAUCAUCCCACCUGUCAGAAGAGAGAAGAAAGAAGAAUCACUGUCGUUGUCGCUGCCACCGUCACCGUCACCGUCGCCGCCAUGACUUCCUCCUCGGGCGCCAUCCACAACUACUUCACCCCCGAAGUCCUCGUCCACACCGGCUACACCCUCAUCGCCGUCAUCUCCACCGUCGUCACCGCCCGCUUCAUCAUCCGCAUCUGGAAACGCAAAGGCCCGCAGAUCGAGGACUUUCUCGUCCUGCUGUCCUUUGGCCUGUUCCUGGCACUGACCAUCAGCUACAUCAUCGUCACCCCGCCAAUGUUUAGAGUGUACAAUGUCGAGAUGGGCAAAGCACCCCCCUACCCCACCAUGAUCGACGACGCCGUCUUCAUGGUCAAGAUCUUUUUCUACAACACCAUGCUGCUGUGGUUCACCCUGUGGACCGUCAAGUUUUCUCUGCUCGCGCUAUAUCGCCGCCUCAUGACAAACCUGCGCACGUAUAUCAUCCUGUGGUGGAUCCUGGUCAUUUUCUGCGCUCUCACACUAAUCGGCGCCGUCAUCUCCAACAUCACGUCCUGUCACAGCAUGCGCGCAUGGUUCACGCCAGGCCUUUGCACCACGCCCCGCGACAUCAACGCCCAGAUAGCCAGCCUAUACUACGCGUUCGCGGUGGACGUGCUCACCGACCUCCUCAUCAUGGCGCUGCCCAUCCGGCUAAUCUGGAACCUGCAGAUGCCGCGGAUGGAAAAAGCCGGCAUCGGCGCCCUCUUCUGCACCGGCUUCGUGUGCAUCAUCAUCGCCAUCAUCCGCGUCGUGCAGAUUGGCACCCGCGCGGGGAACAACAGCACGCCGAGCAGUUCGUGGCUGGCGCUGUGGGCGAUAGUCGAGUCGGCCAUCGCCGUCUUCAUAGGCUGCUGCCCCGCCUUCGCCGCCUUCUACCGCACCAAGCGCAACACGUCGCGCGGGUACUCAAAGUCGAAAGAAAAGCCGCCACGCAGCGGGCACAGCGCGCCGUCGUCGGCGUCGGCCAAGACAGCCGCCGCAAACCUGCUGCCGCCCCGCCCCGACGGCAUCAUGCUCAAGAGCGUGGCGAGCCGGGGUGGCGGGCCCGCCCGUGUCCUCAGCUCGUACUGGGAUGAUGAGGGCGGCAGUUCGCAGGAGGAGCUGGCUAAGGGGGGCGAGCUGCGGUUGAGCGAGGGCGGCAUUUAUGUCACUACUAGUGUGAGGCAGGACUCGUCGUCGGGGCACGCGGAGCGCGUUUGACGCUGCCGCGUGCGAAUAUGUAGGGAGCGAGCGAGCGAGCAGUGAACAGGUAAGAGAGAGGGUGUGUGUGUGCGUGCCCCACACAAACACACGCAUCCCUCAAACCAGUUGUUAUACCCGGCGUCAUCGGCCACAUCA